CUCCACCUGGCGGGCGCACCCAGGCCUGUGCGUGGAGGAUCCGGUCCCGGGGGCGACAUGGUCUCUGUGGCAGCCCCCAGUGUCGUCCUCUCUCUGUUGCUGCUCCUGCGGCCUGUGCCCGCGGAGGCCCACUCUGUGGCCCUGCAGACCGCCUUCCUGGAGGACGUGGUGGGCAGCGGGGAGGCUGAGGGCUCGUCGGCCUCCUCCCCGAGCCUCCCGCCACCCUGGACCCCGGCCCUCAGCCCCACGACGCUGGGGCCCCAGCCCACGCUCCUGGCGGGCCCCUCGCCCCCCACCAACUUCCUGGACGGGAUCGUGGACUUCUUCCGCCAGUACGUCAUGCUCAUCGCCGUGGUGGGCUCCCUGGCCUUCCUGCUGAUGUUCAUCGUCUGCGCCGCACUCAUCACCCGCCAGAAGCACAAGGCCUCGGCCUAUUACCCGUCGUCCUUCCCCAAGAAGAAGUACGUGGACCAGAGUGACCGGGCCGGGGGCCCCCGGGCCUUCAGCGAGGUCCCGGACAGGGCCCCCGAUGGCCGGCCCGAGGAGGCCCUGGACUCCUCCCGGCAGCUCCAGGCUGACAUCCUGGCCGCCACCCAGAACCUCAAGUCUCCCGCCAGGGCCGCCCCAGGCAGUGGGGACGGAGCGAGGGUGGCGGAGGGCAGCCAGCAGGGGGACCAGGCAGCCCAGGGGGAGCGCGGGGUCCCAGCGCAGCAGCCAGAGGUGCUGGGGGAGCCGUGCUCAGCGGUGGCCGAGGAGGCCCAGGCAGCCGGUGAGGGCCCAGGGGGGCUGGAAGGGUCUCUCUCGGUAGCCCAGGAAGCCCAGGGACCAGCGGGUCCCCCCGAAAGCCCCUGUGCUUGCAGCAGCGUCCCCCCCAGCGUCUAACGGGCCCCUCUCAGGCUGCUGGCCCUGACUGUCAGACCCCGGGCGGUCGCCUCCCUGAGCAUGAAAAGGA